AUGCCCCCCUUCCUCCCCACCCUCGGCGACCUCCGCGACCUCACCACCACCAUCAACCCCUACUCCCUCUUCACCCCGGAGCAGCACACAGACACACCCCCCCAAGGACCCCCCGCCCCCUCCCGAUCCUCCUCGGGCAGCGCGCCCAGCAGAAGCAGCCUAGGCCCAGACGGCAGGCGCAAGAGCUCGGGCACCAGUGUCAUGAUUGCAGAGCCAGAGGUCACCGCCACCAGCGUCAUGAUUGCAGAGCCAGAGGUCACCGCCAUCUCCCGCGGCAGGCGGAGGCGCACACAGAGCACCAAGGCCGCCUCGGGUGGCUUCCAAGACGCCUUUGCAGACCGUAGAGGCCGAAAGCAGCCCCUUGAUACAUACAUUAUCGUCAAGCCACCGCCUGCCGCAGCCAAAAAUCCCCUCAACCUCCAGAUACAACUCGUCGUCAAACGAAACCGUCCCAGGGGCGUCUCCACCUCCUUCGACUACUCCUCAGCCGUCCCAUCCACCCCAGGAAAGGAGCGCGACGGCGACCUGUCUGACAACUCUCCAGUGCCCACCACCCCUACGUCAUCCCAGUUCGGCCCUCCCUCCUCCCCGGCCUCUGCUAUCAGCCCGAGCUCGGAAGCAGGCGGCGUCUCGCUCAAGAGGUCCCAGUCUGUAAAGUCGAGCAUGUCGACCGCGACAAGCAGUACCACCAGCGGCGGCUCGGGCAGGAGAAUCGAGCCAAUGUUUAAUCUCGCAGUCCACAGCGUAGUGCACCCGACCGUAGUCACAGAUGCCGCCACCGAUGUCAAGGUCGCAAAGUUCUUGAAACGCGGCGUAGAUGUCGUCGGGGUCGGCAUCGUCGAGCCCGCCGAGAUAUUUUCAUCCUCUUCAGACCCUACUCUCUGUCCUGUAACAUCACACACCACCUCCGACGCCGAACGCUCAGAAGUACCACGCCGCAGACCCCUCUCCGUUGCAUCUUACAACUCUGCCAAUCUUCUAUCCGACGACGGUGCGAGUAAAAGCGGCAUACGGGCAAGCCUCGAUAUGAAGGGCUUCAAGUUUGAUAGCCUCCGUGUCAAGGAAGGCGGGCCCGGCGGGGAGAAUGGAGCCAAAAAGCUCUUUGGGAAAAUCUUCCGAAAGAAGAAGAAUGCUGGUGAUGACGAAGGGGCGUCGAGCACAGCGAUGCGUCGAUCCGCCUCGGUCCAGUCUGCAGAUGUCGGCGCAUCAGCAAGCGAAACUAUGCCCCACCCGGCCUCCAAAACCAACAACCAAACAUACGCCGGCUAUUCAGACAGCCAUCUGGUACCGAGCACCACGCUCGCCAACCCCACAUUCGGCACGUCUCCCAGCGUCAUCGUUCGCCCGCAGGCCGGCGCCGCCCGCUCACCAUGCGACCGCAACUUUCUCCGACCCGAGUUGCCCGAUAAACCACCAACGUCGCCCACCUUGGGGCCUUCCAACUUUCGGCCUUCUGGCUCUAGGCCUAUUGGCUAUACGUGGACUGUAAGGCGUUGGGCGAGGAGGAACAGCGAAGGAUGGUCGGCCCAUCUCGUGGCAGCUGCCUCUGCAGGGCUCGAGAUGGUCGGUGCUUUGGACCUGGCAGAUGAGCACGAAGUCCAGUUCGAGUGGAUCAAGGGGUCUCCCAAUGACAGAGAGGACGAAGGGGACUUUACAAAGUCUCGAGGUCUCAGCGCCUUGGGGCGAGCUCGUGGCAUUUCCACCGACUCGAGGGCCAGUGCCACGCCAAGUUUUAUCAACAGCGACCGCCCGAGAUCAUUCUCACCAUCCUCAGUGACGCCAAACGAGCUAUCCGGCGCCUCAAAUCCUCCCUCCCCAUUCUCUUCACGGCCACACUCGCCCGCCUUUGAUUCGCGUCCAGACCCGCUACGCAGAGUCUCCCACGCCGCUAGCGCCGCCUCCUCGGAAGCAUCCAGGCAACCGUCCAUCUCGUUUGAAGACACCAGCUCCAUCAAUGGGGGUGGGGGCGAUACAACGGCAGAUGAAGACGCUACGUCAGAAGACCCAGAAGAUAGCGAGGGGCCGUGGUCGUGCUGGGUCUGGGUCAAGGGAACGGGCCAGCGCCAACUGCUCGGGACGCUUGUCCGCGCCCCGCACCACCCAAAAGUCAUUGGCGUGCUCAAGAUCCCCGUCUCGCUAGACGCUGUCAGCCUGACCGAUGUCAAGCGCCAGCCGGCCUCGAGCGGCGAUGGAGCCGCGGACGGCGAACUGGGGACGGCAGUGAAAAAGGUCAAGGAGAGCGUAGCGUUGACCGAGGAGAAUCUGAAGGACAUGGUGUGUGUUACCGGGCUGUGGUUGGUGGCGAGAGAAGAUUUCGGAGGCCUUGCGAGGACCGGGAAGAGAAAGGCGGGGAGACGCCAAUGA